AUGGUGAAACCUCAAGAUGAAGAAAAAGCCGUGCGACAAGUAGCUCCGGAAUCGUCGGACCAGCAUGUCGUCGGCUGGGAGGACAACGAUCCGGAAAACCCGCAUAAUUUCUCCACCGCGUAUAAAUGUUGGAUUACUUUUCAGUUGGGGAUGCUGGCUUUGAGUGCCAGUCUGGGGUCGAGUAUUAUCUCGCCUGCUCAGACACCAUUGAAGCAAUACCUUCAUAUUGGUUCUGAAGUCAGUAUUCUCCCGGUUUCUCUCUACAUUCUUGGCUUCGCAUUUGGUCCUCUAUGCUGGGCCCCUAUCUCCGAACUCUGGGGCCGUCGCUGGUCGAUGCUCCCAGCAGUGUUCAUGCUGGGUCUAUUCAGUAUCGGCACAGCAACUAGCAAGAAUACCGCCUCUGUUCUCAUCACCCGCUAUUUUGCAGGGCUUUUUGGCUCUGCUCCUGUGAGCAAUGUGUCAGCUGCACUGGGAGACAUAUUCCAUAUGAAGGCCCGGGGCAUUGCGGGCACAUCCUACGCAAUCUGCGUCGUCGGAGGACCAACCAUGGGGCCCAUCAUCGGAGCAGCGCUGGUUGCAAACCCGCAUCUGGGAUGGCGCUGGACGGAAUACAUGGAGGCGAUCGUCGUCUUCUUUAUUUUUACAGUCACUUUCUUCUGUUUGCCGGAAGUAUAUGGACCCGUGCUGCUUCAUAAGAAAGCAGUUCGUCUGCGUAAGGAUACCGGCAAUAAGAAUCUAUACCAUCCGCAUGAACAUAUUGAAAUCAGCAUCCACAGCGUCAUCACCAAGCAUUUCUCCCGGCCCCUCGUCAUGCUCGUAACCGAACCCAUGGUCACCGUCAUUGCGCUCUACGCCUCCUUCACCUACGCCCUGCUCUAUCUCACCCUCGAAGUAUUCCCCAUCGUUUUCGACGACAUCCGCCAGUGGAAGGGUGUCGUCGCCACCCUCCCCUUCCUCGGCCUCUUCGUCGGCGUCCUCCUAUCUUCCACCUUCAUCAUCCUCGUCGGCCAACCCUACUACCUCAAGAAAUACGAACAAGGAGGCGGUAAGCCCGUCCCCGAAGCACGUCUUAUGCCCAUGGCCGUGGGCGGCUUCCUCUUCGCCACAGGCCUCUUCUGGUUCGGCUGGACCGCCGAACCAUCCUAUUCAUGGGUUCUACCCGUCGUUGCGGCAGGCAUGUUUGGAUGUGGCUUCUGCAUCAUCUUCGGCCAGUGUAUCAAUUUUCUCGUCGAUACGUAUGGGCCCUAUGCGGCGUCUGCUACCGCGUCCAAUACCUUCCUACGUAGUGUGCUCGCUGCUGCCUUUCCGCUUUUCUCGCAGCCAAUGUUCAGGAACCUCGGUGUUGGUCCGGCCAUGUCUAUCUUAGGAGGCAUUGCUGCGGCAGCCAUUCCUGUUCCGUUUUUAUUCAUGAUUUAUGGGGUGCGGUUGAGGAAGAUGUCCAAGUUUGCUCCAUUCAAGGGAUGA